AUGGAGCCAGUACCAGAGACAGAAAGGAUGGAGGAGUUCAGGACGUCCCCGGUACCUAAUCUGCGGCUUCUAGAAACAAAUGAAAGCUACAAGAUCGAGUGGGAAAAUAGGAACAAGAAGCCACCGACGAUUCGUCGAUCUACGGAACCGACCCCUUCCUCACCACGCUCUCCGGUUUCCGCUUCUCCUUCCCUACCAUACCGACCACGAAAUACCUCGCCCUUUUCUCGUGGCCACAUGAGAUCGAAAUCAUCAACAAGUGCUCUUGCACCUCCAAUGUCCCGAACACAAUCACUUCCAGGCUUCAAUGCCGCAGGCCACUUACUGUCUUCGCCCCACGCCCGUCCAGCGAGUCCUCUUGGUUCUCCAAGCCGAAUCAGAACGCCCAGAAAGCCAGUCGACGAUGUAUUUCCAGGCCUCCCAAACCGCGGAUCAAGAGAAGCUCUCAGGGAUAUCAACGAGACGGGGGGCAUGGCAGAGGACAUCACACCGAGGGCUGCAGAGAGAAGGAGCAGCUCCCCUAUUUUGGGUAUGCCGUCAUCUGCAAGCUUCAAAACACGGCGCCCGUCCUCUCCUCUACGAUACCUCGCUCAACAGAAUGCUACGGCUGCUAGUACUGCACCUUCUACCCCAUCCUCUAUCACCUCCUCGCCAUCUUACCAAUCCUACCGAUUUAACGACUCCUUCCUCGGCACAACCAGCUACUCCGGCUCAUUAAGCUAUCCUGGAUCGUUUGCCUCCUCCUCCGUACCGUCAACACCUACAUCUGCUCGUUCCCGAAGCCCUAGCAUUUCUAGUCUGGAAACCAUACCCGAUUCCCCAGAUGCGGAAGAGGCAGCAUUGGAGGCUGAGCGGAUAGCACAAUUGAAGGCCGCUGCAGAUGCAGCAGACGGAGAGGACUCGAAGACGAAAAGUGAUACCCCUGGCACUCGCGGCAGAUCAUUGGUGUCAACUUUCGGACGUGAUAAGCGGAAACGCUGGAGUGUGUGUGGAGCUGAGAGAAGGGGGGAUCUGAAUCUAGACACUAUAUGGGAGGAUUGA